CGAGACUAUGAAUCUAACUUCCGUGUCCGCUUGUUUUGUGUUUAUGUUUUUAAAAAAGAAAAAUGAAUUUGUUAUGCUUAAUUAAUCAUUGUAAUUAGUUUUUGUUUUGAAUCCAGCAAGCAUUAAAAUGGUGGUUGGUAAUAGCUCUAAGAGUGAUGCUGAGCAGAGGUUUGCCCAUUUGCUGCAGCCAAUCAGAGAUCUUUCCAAGAACUGGGACAUAGAUAUAGCUAGCUACCUCGACGAGUAUUUAGAUGAGCUGGAGUCAGUUGCUAUAACAUUUGAUGGAGGGGCUACGACCAUGAACUUUGCUGAGGCGGCCCUAUUGAUACAGGGAUCAGCCUGCGUGUACAGUCGAAAGGUAGAGUACCUCUGCACUUUGGUUUAUCAAGUUCUCGACCUGCUAGCCAACAAGAAAUCGAAAAAACAAUCUUCUGUAGAUGAAAAUGGCAAUGAUGUGGAUGCCAAUUUUGAAGAUGAUGAAGAUGAACAGUUUCUUUCACUGGAUGACAUUGGGAAAGCGGGAAAUAUAACACUGAAGGAAGGAGAGGAUGUGGCAGAUAAGAGUAUUCAUCCUAUGCCUAAAACUCCUAUGUCUUUGGUGGUACUGGAUGAAGGAGCUAAGGGAGAUAAUCCACUGUUAAGUAAAACAGGCGAGAUACUGGCCAGUCGAAAUGACUUCAAGAUGAACACGUGUCAUGUGCACCCAUCUGGAACAAUGCUGCUAGACUCCUCCCACAUCAACCUCCUGGAGCUGUCACUCAAGUUGCUGGCAUCAUCAACACCAUGCACCUUUUUAUACACACAGAAAAAGACGGUUGGAUCUCAAGAUGCUUGCAGUGUGCAUGUUGACCUUCCACCUGUUGAAUGUCAUGCUGCAGACAUGUCAGUAGAUGAUUGUGGACAGGAACCAUUUCACAUGGAAGAAAUGGAAGAUCACUGUGAAGAUUUUCAAAAGAAUAUUGAAGAGCCACUUGUAAGAAAAUCAGAAAGAAGGCGUGUUCAGCUGAUGCCCCCAAAACCAGUUGUUGAUCCGUGGAAAGAGUGCGACCCACACGAUGCUGUUGAAAAGGGAUUGAAAGCAUUUAAGAAAGGAAAAGUUCUAAAAAUAGAGUCUGUAACAAGGAGGAAAAGAAAGAGGCAUCCAGCGAUAAAAGACGACGAGCCCGUUUCUAAAUUUAUCGCUGAAGCUAUCUACUCGCAUAGAUUGAAAGACUUGCAGAAGGUGAAGGUCGCUUCAUUCCCUGAGCUGGAACAGUUGUACUGGCCAGAAAUGAAGAGAAGACAGUCGGAGCUUAGGAAAGAAAAAACACUAAUGAUUUCACAAGGUAUAGAACCAGAAGAAGAUGAAGAAGAGAUUGAAAACUGUUUGGAUGAUGGUGAACCAGUGGCAGCAGGUUUGUUACUGGAUGACGACCCUGGGGACCCCUAUGAUGACCUUCUUGGACAGAUGAGUGACCACAUCCUGUUUCCGAUUGUACAGCCACCCGUCAAUCUGGAUAUCGAGUCACAAGAUGACAUCGAGUUUGAAAAAGAUGUUCUUGUAACUAGUUAUGAAGACCUUGUUAGGAAACAUGUGGAAGCCUACAUGGCCAGUGCCCAAGAAUACGCCCAGGUUACGGAGUUAUCUCAACGUGUCGCAGAGUGGGAAGAGAAGAUUAUUCCCAAGUUACGACAUGAGGAAUCCCACGAGCCAUUUGAUAUUCAUAAAUAUGGAAGCAAGGUGAUUAAAUAUUUGAAAAUGAACACAAAGAUAGCGUUCAGGAAGAUAGUCUGUGGUUGUGACGACUUUGAGAUCUGUCGACUCUUCUUGGCAACUCUGCAACUGGCAAAUGUUGGUAAUGUCCUGGUUUCGUGUGAUGGCAUCUUGGAGAAAGGUAUAGAUAAGAUGGCUUUGGAACUUCUGUCAACUCGACGGCAUUACGAAGAGUUGGCCGAGUACCAGGCUCCGUCUGUGAAAUGAAGACAUCACAUGUUCAUGUUUGUUCACAGGAAGUUGCAAAGUGGCCAUUGUGACUUGAAGUAGCAAACUGUGUAUCCAAAACAGAUAGAUUCAGCACUGCACAAAAACUCUGGCCAUUAUGAUUGGAAGUAGAAGACUGUGUAUCCAAAACAGAUUUGAAGUAGACUAUGACAGUGUGUAGGCCUCUCUCUAAAACAGAUAUAGUCAACACCCCACAAAACUAUGUAAUUAGUCUGUAAUUAAGUGGGGGCGUUGAUAUUUUAUUGUAAAUAUUACCAGGCACAGAUGUCACAACAGCAUUUCGGGAAAGUACACUGCACACCAAAAGCAAUAAGUUAUACUGUGCAAGUAUUUAUAACUCUGGUGCUUUUAUUUACUAAUUUCAAUUUUAUAAUGAAACCAGUUAGGAUCUCUUACAAUUGAAACUAUUUUUAUAUUAGGUUUUAUCGACUCAAUUUUAGUGACUGAGGACGUUAUUGUCUCACUUUUUAUGUGGUGGCAUUCAUAAAUAACUUUUAUAAUCCUCUUUUAAAACUUUGCUUUUAUUACUGUCAUUCCAAACUUGAAACAUGUAUCAUAACAAUGAGGAGGAAAAAGGCUUUAAAAUUUAACUAAUCAAAAGAAAUAAUUUCGAGCUACUUUUUACUCAUUCCAAUAGUAAAUUAUCAUGUACUAGAAACCACAAUUGAUUUUUUUUUUUUUUUUUUAAUGUUAUUAACAUUUUAUUUCUGCUUCAUAUACCAUUGGUAUUGAACUGGUUUGAGUAAAACAAUCAAUCAUUGUACAGAAAAACAUUAAGCACCACCCCACCCCACCUCACAUUACUUGGAAUAAAAAAUAAUCCACAUUUCUUCAUGUAAUGUGCAGACAUCGAUACAAAGGAAGACGACAGACAUUGAUGGCUGGUCACAUGAUUAUGUUAUCAAAAACCUUUGCAUUCCACACCACACAAGCCAGUGUUCUACGACUGGUAUAUCAAAGGCUGUGGUAUGUGCCAUCCUGUCUGGGAUGGUGCAUAUAAAAGAUAUCAUGUUACUAAUGGAAAAUGUAGUUGGUUUUCUCCAAGACUAUGUCAAAAUUACCAAAGGUUUGACAUAUAAUAGCCAGUGAUUAAUAAAUUAAUGUGCUCUAGUGGAAUCAUUAAACAAACCAAAGUUUUUCCACACCACACAAGUCUCAGUGAGGUUGACUACCAAAAUUGUAUACUACUCAAAAGAAUUUAAGGGUCAAAAAUUUAUAACCAAAUAAGUUUCAUAGUGUAUUAGAGAUUGAUGAUGUAAACUACACCAAAAUAUUUAUUGUUCCAUAUUUACAA